AUGGCUCCUGUUGUUGGUGGUCUACAGAGUGAAGUUGCUGUAAUGGGAACUCUCACUGCCAACCUUCAUCUGCUUAUGGCUAGCUUCUACUGUCCCACUCCAGAGAAGUAUAAGAUCAUCCUGGAGGGCAAGGCGUUCCCUAGUGAUCAUUAUGCCAUUGAGUCUCAGAUCCGUCACCAUAAUCUGGACCCCGAAAAGGCCAUGGUCUUGAUUGAGCCGGAGAAUCUAGAUCGACCCAUUCUCAGCACGGACCAAAUCCUGAAAGUGAUUGAUGAUCAUGCUUCAAGCACUGCUUUGAUUCUUCUAUCUGCAAUUCAAUUCUAUACCGGGCAAUACUUUGAUAUCCAAAAGAUCACGGCCCAUGCUCACUCAAGAGGCGUUUUGAUUGGUUGGGAUUGUGCUCAUGCCGCAGGGAAUGUCGAUCUGCAGUUACAUGACUGGGAUGUGGAUUUUGCAGCCUGGUGUAGUUACAAAUACCUCAACAGCGGUCCUGGCGCUAUUGCUGCAUUGUUCGUCCACGAGCGCCAUGGCAGUCCUGGUGCCGCUGGGUUCCAACUCUCGAACCCGUCCGUCUUGGACAUCAACGCCGUGGUUGCCUCUCUCGAAAUUUUCAACCGUGCGACAAUGAAGCAAAUUCGGCAGAAAUCGUUGAAUAUCACAGGUUACUUGGAACAUUUACUACUGAAAUACCCGCUGGAUGCCCCAACAGAGGACAAACCUUAUACGCUUAUUACCCCUUCCAAUCCAGCCGAGAGAGGCGCACAGUUGAGCCUCCGGCUCCAACCCGGUCUAUUGGAUCACGUCCUCCAUCAUCUGGAAGUGAAUGGCGUGGUGAUUGAUGAACGAAAGCCGGAUGUGAUUCGAGUGGCGCCCGCUCCAUUGUAUAACACUUACGCCGAUGUAUGGGAGUUCUGUCAGAUUUUCCUAGAAGCAUGCCGAGAAGCAGUCAAGGCGAGAGGUUAG